GUGUACGAUAGUUUUGCUGUAAUUGUAAUCUUUUUCACUCAAUUUCUCAGUUCACAAGCCCAUAAAAUAAUACAAAAUGACGUCAACAACUAAGCCACGCUCUGAAAUGACCCUAGAAGAGCUAUCUAAAAUCGAAGAGGAAGAGUUUAGUACCGGACCUCUUUCCGUGCUCACGCAGUCAGUAAAGAACAACACACAAGUUCUGAUAAAUUGCCGUAACAAUAAGAAACUCCUGGGUAGAGUGAAGGCUUUCGACCGGCAUUGUAACAUGGUAUUGGAGAAUGUUAAGGAAAUGUGGACUGAGGUACCGAGAACUGGCAAAGGAAAGAAGGGCAAAGCUGUAAACAAGGACAAAUUCAUCUCCAAAAUGUUCCUCCGCGGUGAUUCUGUGAUCUUAGUACUAAGGAAUCCUCUUGCUACAGCUGCAGGGAAGUAAUGCAGUAAUUAGUUUAAGUAUUAAUGAAUAAAAUAUUCAGGAAAUGAAUAGCUUUACUGGUUCAUUCCUUAAACUGUAAUAAUACUUUUACAAAAUUGGAAACUGUGUUAGUUCUAUGAUUCUGCAACUAUAUGUAAUAAAUAAACAAACUCGAUAUUUUAAUAUAUUGAAAUUGUAUCAAGUUCACAUAUUGUAAGAUAAAGCUAAAAACGAUCAGUUAUUAUAAUGAUGCAUUAAAAGAGUCUCACCAG